AGCAAUCUAACGUAACGAAACGAUGGGUAACGAAAUUGUUCCUGAUACGGCGUACACGCCUACCUGAACAUGGAUUUGUUUUAUUUCAAUAAAAUUUAUACGGUAAUAGCGUUAAACUGUAAAAUGUUUUUUAUAUUUGUGAUCUAUUUAUGUAAAAUUAGGAUUUAUCUUUUCAAUCAAACACGAUUUGGUUAAUACUAAAUCAUCAAUGAUACGAAUAUUGCAUACAUGAUUCAAUGAUUAUUAAUAUUAUUAUUAUCAGUAUCAGUAUUACUACUUCACUUCGUGUGGGUAUAGUAUAUGAUUAUGACCAUAGCAUGAUGAUAAUAGUUAAAUUAUGAAUUAUCGUAGGCUAUAUAAUAUAUAUUUAUAUAUUAUUAUAUUACAUUAAAUAUUAGUGAGGCUCUAGUUAAUCCUAUAUAUUAUAAUAAUAUUCCAACCACUCCACUUAUGUCCUGUCCCCAUCACUAACAGAUUGAGAUUGGACUGGAAGAAACUGAGUUCAACCCCCCCCCCCCCCAUUUUCCUAAAGACAACACUGGCCUAUGGGAGGGGGGCAUAUAGUUCAUAUAUAUACUAUACUAUGUGUUAUUCUUUUUAAAAUUCUUGAAGAUAUAUUACAUAUAACCCUCAUAAAAAUACUGCAUAGACUUAGACUUAGACUUUUAUAAGUAUAAAUAAGAUACAGAUACAUACUUUAGUUACUCCACUUUAGAGGGUUGAGAACAGUGUUUCCCUAACUUUUUUUGCCCGCCUAAGCAACUAAAAAUGCUUGAUGCCUCCCUUCCCCAACAGGGCUAAUAAAGAUAUGUCUCCAUGCUGCAAUUAGGAAAAUUCUAUUUUUAUUUCACUGCCUGUGCCUGUUUAGACCUCAAAAUUCAACAUUUUAUAAUGAAGCUUUCAAUGAACUAUAUUUUCAUUGCAAUAAAAGACAAACCAUAACAAUGGUAUACUUAAAAAAAUUUCUAACUCAGGGGUGGCCAACCCAAAAGGCUUCAUGGCCACUUUGAUAGCAGGUAAACCUUUUGCUGGCUGCAUGUCAAUGCACCUAAUAUUAAAAUAUUUUUUUAAACAUCUGUUUAAGCUGUAUAGAAUUGUUAAUCUAUUGUUAAUACACAUGAAAUGCUAUACCAAUCUAAUGUGAUAUCAAUUAAGUUUUUUCUCUCGCCGUCUACUUUACAAUAAGUUUCUUUGUUAAUUGAAUAAAGAAAGAAUACGUUUUUUGUAAAAAAAUCGGGAAUCUACGGGCCGCAAUAUUUGACAUGGUAGGCCGCAUGUGACCUGCAGUCGCAGGUUGGCCACCCGUGGUCUGACAUAUCCCCUUUAUUAUGCAAAUAUAUUUGCUAAAUCAGAAACUUACUGCACCCCCAUUAAUAUUCAGAUUGACCCAUUUUUUAAUCUUUUUCAAGUCAUAAUUUUCAUAUUGCAAUUAUAAUCAGCCUGUUGUCGCAGCACCCUAGAAAUUAUAUAUUUAUAACACUGCUUGAUUACACUGCUAAUUUUCUGAAUUCAUAAAAUUGUUGUUUUUAUUUUGAAACAAUGAAAAUUUGAAAUAAAAUAUUUUAAUAUCGGUACUCUACAUUGAAUUUUUACAUAAAAUCUCAUUUUUAUGUCCGAUUGGGGAUAAUUAAUUUAACCUUUCUCUGCUGCUUCAUUUUCAGCUUUGUCAUUGCUAAUGUCCAACUCAUCCCUUUGAAAUGUGUCUCUACAAUUCUUCCAAGUUCUUUCUUACAUUUUCUUUGUCAUUUUCGAUGUCUCGCUUGCAUAAAUUACAGUUGGGAUGUUGAGGCUAACAUAUGAGCAAACUUUUACAACGUGGGAUAUAUUUUUUGCUGAAAAAAUUAAGAACUGUCUUAAAAAAUAUGUGAGGCCUUCCUAUUCUGCUCUGAACACCCAUUUCAAUGCCUCCAUCUUUGGAAUCUAUUCACUGACUGUAACAUUUAUUUUGCUGCAACAUUGGACACUCAAAAUUUUUGUUUUUUCCUUGCCUUUCCUUUCGCCUUCUUUACCAGCUUCCUGUUAUGGGCUUUUUUAACAAAAUAUAAAGUUAUUAAAUAUAGAAAGCCUCCCAAGCUUCCAGUUUUAAGUUAAGAACAUUUGCUACCAUUGACCAUGUAGUAAAUUUUAAUUCAGUAAUACUUUCUGUUUGUUUAAAUCUAGAAGAGCAGACCUUAUGUUAUUGAAUAGGUCCAUAUUGUCCAUUAUAAGAAAGUUAAAUAAAUAUUAUCAACAUUCUAACAAUCGCUAGAUAAAAUAAUUUUUUUUAUUAUGAAUGCCCCAGAAUAAAAUUUCAUAUUGACAUGUUUUAUUAGUUUUAUCUAAUUUAAUAUCAUAACAGUCAGUUAUAAAGGAAUUAGAAAGUAAUAAUUUUUUUACAUUUCAAGUCCUUGAAUGUAGGGAAUGGUUUUAAUAAUUUAUUGUGAAAGUUGUUUUAUAUUAUUAAAACAUAAAAAGCUUCUUAACUACAAAAUAAACAAUGACACCAUCAAUUUAUUCUGAAUCAUGGUUUAUUUGAAUGCAAAAUUGUUAAAUAAUAGAUUUUUAUUUUCUUCUAUUAAUUUAGUAAACAUAGUAUCAUGCAUUAUGAAGAAAGUCACGCAUGCUUUCCAAUGAUUUUUAUUUAUUUUUUUUUUUGUUUGAAUGAAAAAUUCUUUGUGCUAAUACUUAAUUACAAAUUGUUUCUUUCAGAACCAAUGAGUGCAUAAACUAUGUCUGUGGAAGUUGUUUUGAGCUUAACAUCACCUAUCUUCCUGGUGGUUUUGCUCUUUGGUUGUUUCAGCUGUCUUUUCAAAAAGAAAGGAUUUCAAGUAAGUUAUUAAAAAAACAAACAAUUUGUUUGCGCUCUUAAAUCUUCAAUGUUUUCAAAGGAUAUUAGUGAACAAAAAAAAUAAUUAAACAUUGAGCUUCCGACUGUAAUUUAAGUCCCAAAUUAAGCUCUUAUAUCAUAUAUUUUGCAUCAAUUAAGAUGAAUAAGUGCUUUAGCCAUGAAGCCACACAAUGGGAAAUACUGUUGAUUUCCCUAUUUCCAAAAUGAAGCCUUCCCACCUCUACUUCAUAUUUCUAUUUCACUGUUACUAUGUUUUUGCUGUUACUUAAAUAUAAUUCACCAAACAUUGUCUAGUUCCACCUUUUCUUUCAAGAAUUUCAGGCCCAGAGAUGCUCAUAAUGCCCAGAACAAUCCAGCCUUUUCAGUGGAUGUCACAGAUGUUGCUAAUACGUUGGAGCAAAUCACAAUUGAACCCCUGCCAGAUAUUCUCUCCAAAACUUCCACAGUGCCUUGUUUUAAACCACGAAUUGUAUGCAAGGAAAGGGGAAAGCAAGAGGCAUUUUUAUCACUUAUAAGUAAGGACAUAAUUCAUUUUUAACAGGCAUUAUUUAUGUUGUCAAUUUUAUUAUCUGUAACUGAUAACAAAAAUUAACGUCAAAAGUAGUGAAUUAUUGAAAGGAAAUUGAAUUACGUCGUAUUUGAAAUUUUUUACAGGAUUAAUUAUAUUCUCAAAAAAAAAUAGCUUUGACACUUUUUGCUUCUCUGAUUUUUUGAACAUCGUGUAUUUGUUUUUUUUUUAGUAUCUGUUAAUGCCAGAAAGAGCUGUUUCUAAUAGUUGGAAAGUAGUACAAUUAUGAUUAAAUAGUUUAUUUUACAUAAAUAGGUCAUAACUGCUAUCGAACAUUUUGAAAAUAUUGUACCAUAUAUUCUUAGAUCUUUAAAUUAGAUUAUUAAGACUGCAUGAUGAUUAUAUCCCUAUAUUAUAAUUGUUCUGUAAAAGAGCUUCCCAAAAUAUGUCUUGCAACGCAUUAUUGUGUCAGCAUCUAUGCGUAGAUGUGUUGUGCAAACAUAACUGGAAACCUAUGAGUCUAUAGGGGAAAAGCUUGUCAACUUGAUGAUGAUAGUCAUAAAAAUCUUGACAAUAUAUGUUAUUAUGUCACAAAUCUAUAUUCUUAACACUAUAAAUGAAAAGUUUUUACACAUAUCACGUAGCCAUAAAUUUCAUGAUUACAAUUUAUUUUUGGGUGUCCAUGUCUGUUUUUUAGAGUUAAGUUAACCUCCAGUAUAAUAAUAAUACUGAAAUACUGUGUCCCUAAAGGAUAUGCUUAAAAAUUGUGUCACCAGUGUAAAAAGUUUGGAAAGGUCUGUUCUUUAAUGUUACCAUCUUUACUUCUUCUAUUUGCUCAGGUGUCCAGCGUUCAUUUCCCCGAGACCAUCUGACGUACAUCAAUGAAAUUGGUUCUGGUUGGUUUGGUCAGGUCAGCAUAUUGUUUAUUGAGUUUAUUGAUCUAAGUUUUUGUAGUUUUGGGAUGGGUGUGAUUUGCGGGGGGGGGGGGGGGGGGGGCUAUUUAAGUUAAACACAGACUUGUUGUGACAGGUGUAUGAAGUGAUAAUAUAAUUGUAUGUUCUUAAUUUUUAUACAUAUUUGAAAGACAAAAAGACUGGCAAUAUAAUUGUAAAAUCCCACCCUCACAUGAUUAAUUUUUUUUUUCUCUAUUGGACUUGCAUGUGCUUCCACAUCAGUUUGUUCAUCUCGUGCUAAGGCUAAUUGUCUCCCCUCAAAAGUAAAGACAUUUUUUUUUCAUUGUGUACUAUGUGUUGUGCUAAGAUGGACAUGUACUUCCAUCAUCGGAAUGCUAGUUUUGCCUUGUUUAGCAGUGUUUUCAUCCUUGGCAUUUGCCUUCCCUAGUUAUCCUGUCUAUCCUGACAAAAAUUCAUAGUUAGACCAGCCUUAACUGUCAGGAUGCCUGUCUAACAGCCUUAGUGAAUGUAUGUCCCAGCCUUGCGCCUCUGCCCCCUCACCUCCACAGCUUAUGCUGAUGUAAAUGAUAGAGUAACUAUGUUGCUGAUGUGUGUUACUAUCUUGACAGGCUAUUGAGUCUGAGGCUGCUUAUCUUGUGGAGGCCAGCACCAAAACAAAAGUUGUGGUUAAAAUAUUAAAAGAUGAUGCCUCUAAAUUGGAACAGAAACAGUUUAUGGAAGAAGUGACAGUUUUCAGGUAAACAGUUUAUUGAAGAAGUGACAGUUUUCAGGUAAAAAGUUUAUUGAAGAAGUGACAGUUUUCAGGUAAAAAGUUUAUUGAAGAAGUGACAGUUUUCAGGUAAAAAGUUUAUUGAAGAAGUGACAGUUUUCAGGUAAAAAGUUUAUGUGCUCAUGUAGCUUAAUUUGGAAAAAAUGAUCUCGAAAUUCUAAAUGCAUUAAGUGACCAAAAAGUGGUUAACUUAAGUUUUUCUCAUAUUUCCUUAUAUAUUAAAUGUGUUUUGUGUCACACCACAUCUCAUUCUGUCUACCCAGGUGUUUGGACCAUGUCAAUGUCUUAUCAUUUCUUGGCCAGUGCACAGAUGCUUUACCCUACUUGGUUAUUUUAGAGUUUUCUCAUUAUGUAAGUAUUCCUAAAUAGCAGAGUAGGCAGAUGUAUUCUCCAGCCUUACUAAAUAUUUUUUUGUGAACACUUAAAUAAUUAAAUAAUUUUAGUCAUGAUCUGAAAUGUGAGAAAUUUAAAAUACUUAUGGCCAAUUUUAAUUACAAAGAUGUAAAAUCAUUUUAAAGUGCUAAAAGAACAUGAACAAUUUUAAUUACAAAGAUAUAAAAUUAUUUGAAUUUGUUCUAAUUUCCAGGGUAACUUGAAAACUUACCUCAUUGAUCACCGACAUGACAAGGACAAAUGGAUAAAAAAGAAUCGUCUGAUAAGAUUUUCACUGGAUGUGGCUGCCGGCCUGGCAUGCUUGCACAGACAUGACUAUGUACACAAGUAAGUUCAAAUAUGUACACGGACAUGACUCUACACAAGCAGUUUAAACAUUUUAUAUAUAAGACAUGGUUCUAUGCAUAAGUAAGUUCAAAGAUUUACACAACUGACAUUGAGGUUCACUUUUGAAAGAUUCGUAGUGUGAAAAACUCACAUGGCGUGUGGGUAGUGUGAAAAACUCACAUGGUGUGUGGGUAGUGUGAAAAACUCACAUGGCGUGUGGGUAGUGUGAAAAACUCACAUGGCGUGUGGGUAGUGUGAAAAACUCACAUGGCGUGUGGGUAGUGUGAAAAACUCACAUGGCGUGUGGGGAAAAAAGUAAAUAAUAUCAUGAUUAUUUUAAAAAAAUAUUAAUUCUUUAAAAAUAUGUGGGUUUAACUUUUUUGACAAAUGCACUGUUUAUUUUAGCGACCUUUCAGCCCGAAACUGCCUUGUGAUGUCAAAUAAUGCAAUAAAAAUUGGUGACUACGGCAUCUCCGAUACCCUAUUUAAGGUGAGAUCAAAUAAUGUGUUCAAAAUAUAUUUUGAUUUUUACUUUCCCUUUGCACCAACUCUAUUAUAGAUAUGGCCCAUUUCGAUAUUUUAAAAAUUGCCCAACUUCUUCGUUUACAAUGAUAUAAUAUCUUUUGCUUGCCCGUAAUUUCUGUGUGUCGACUCUUGCUGUUAAGGAUGACUAUUACAACUCUGGCCGAGAGCUUCUUCCCAUCAGGUGGAUGGCUCCUGAGACCCUUAUACAGGUUGACGGGACGUGGACAUCCAGUUUAGGAGAUAAGGAAACUGAUAUUUGGUGGGUUGUGUUGUGCUUCUGUUAACAUGGGUUCAUACUUAAUGACAGAUAGGUUAGUCUUCAUGAACUAAUAUGAUGGUGAUUGCCUUUCAUGAAAAUCCUUUAAUACUUACAGCUGUCAUUUGACGUUGUUCUUCUUCUUUGAUUCUGAUACAUCAAUCUGUCAGUCUAACCAAUAAUGCUUAUUUGGAUUUGAAGGUCUUUUUGGCAUUUGACUUUGUUCUUCUUCUUAGAUUCUGAUACAUCAAUCUGUCAGUCUAACCAAUAAUGCUUAUUUGGAUUUAAAGAUCUUUUGGUAUUUUACUUUGUUCUUCUUCUUUGAUUCUGAUACAUCAGUCUGUCAGUCUAACCAAUAAUGUUUAUUUGGAUUUGAAGGUCUUUUGGCAUUUUACUUUGUUCUUCUUCUUUGAUUUUGAUACAUUAAUCUGUCAGUCUAACCAAUAAUGCUUGUUUGGAUUUGCAGGUCUUUUGGGAUUUUACUUUGGGAGAUCUUCACCCUCGGGGAGCAGCCCUACAGCAUGUUAAGUGAUGAGGCUGUGCUGCAAGGAGUGGUGCUGGAUAAGUGUGUGCUGCCUACAAAAAUGGACCUCAAAGUACCUCAGAUGGAUCAGCUGUGAGUCAUUAUUAAAGUGAUUAAAUGAGUUAAAGAUGUUGGUGCCAAAUGUGAGUCAGUAGAAGUGUGCAAAAUGUACUUCAUGUAUGUAUUCAGGGAAAACCAGUUGCACAAUUAAGUGUUAACAUCAUUCCUGUAAAAUAAGGUAUUGGAAAGGAAGGAAAAGUAUACUUCUUUAUACAAUAUUUAAUAUGACAUUAAAAUUGACAAAACACACGAAUAACCAACUAAAAUUUUAAUGAAAAUUAUUUUAAUUAGUUGUGUCAUAAUUUUUGCCCAUUGAAUGGAAAAUACAUUUAAAAUAAAUAUUUAAAAAUAUCAUUAUUUUAAAUGUUAAUAGACUGUUAUUUGAUAGCAGUGUGGUUUUACCUAAGAUAACAUUCAUAUCUAAUUCUUCAACUAUGUUGCUUGCUAACUUCCUAACUAGCUAGAAUGGGGGAUGUUUUAAAAUUAAUAUUUCAUAGGUCUACAUCAUACAAAAUUUUAAAAGUAGUAACCAUAUUGGUCAUAUAUAUAUAUAGAAAUUCCACUUAAUCAAGUUGACUGAUUUAUCAGGAUCUCAGGAUGUCACUUGUAUAAAGUUUCAUGAAGGAAGGCAAUUUUAUGAAGACAUUGGCAUAGUUGCCCAUUUCUUCUCAGUUGCAAGCAAUGAAGAGACCCCAGGCAGAUUUGACUUGAUACAUUUGGGAUAGCAACAAAACUUAUUAACAGCCAAAUAGCAAUAAAACUUAACAGGCAAAUAGCAACAAAACUUAAUCUGCAAAUAGCAACAUAAAAACUAUCUUGGGAUGUUGAUUAUGAAAACUGCACAAAGCAGAAGAAGAGAGCUGAAGGAGUUGAGUUUUGAUUUUCUCAGAAUUAUCAUGAAAGUAUUAAUAAAUAAGAACUAAUUAUAGGCAAGGAAAGGAAUGGAAAAAUUGUCUGAUUAAUUUUUAUUUCAAACUCAUAUCUACCUCAAAGUGAAAUGUUGUGUUAUAUCUGUCAUGAGUUUUUUGGUUGCUGUCUUUUUCAGUUGGCUGGUGAUGGCCCAGUGUUGGCAGAGCCCACUUCAGAGACUGGACAUUGAACAAGUGCACCAAAAUCUGGAGCAGAUUAUUGCAGCAGACGCAGCAGCGACUGUCACGGCAGACAUUUCUACAGACUUUGAUCAGAAGUGGCAGACCUUAAUGCCCAACAGACCAGAACUUGGGAGCAGGACAGCUUUAGCAGGGAGUUUUCUUAAUGAGGAUUCUUCCUCCCCUACGUCAGUCCAAUCCUACCUGCUUGGCGGGGAGCUUGGGGCUGGAGAUACACCUGGGUUGGAUGAAGUGCUCAUCGGUGGACAACUAGACAAACCUGGCAAUGAUCAUAGAGUGGAGAUGGAUUUAGAUUUUAUUGUGAACGAAAGUAGUCGUCGUCUCUCUGAAAGCAAACCUGUUAAGAAUUCUCAACUUAAACAUCUUAAUCUAAAUAAUGAGAUCCUCGAGACCCAAAUUUCAAAUGGGACCAGCUUAGCACCACUUUUUAUUCCACAAAUCAGUAGCACAACUGUCGAAAUGCCCACCCUGAUAGCUGGCUCUGCUAAAGACCCAAAGGAUCAACCGAUCACCGUUUCCAUCACUAGUAAAAACACAGAUCAACUACUGACUUCAAAAGAAGACCUUUCCUUGUCUUCUCAAGGGUUUUCUGGCCUCAGUGGUAUGGAAGAGGGUGCAGGUGAUAGCAGGAAAGACAAUCCUUUAACCAAUGAAAGUAACAACAAUUUAAUGAAUAUGCAUAGCACUUCAUUUUCCCUGGAAGAAGAUUUUACUGAAUUUGCCCGGACGUCUCCUAGAUCUCCUAUAGAUGAUUUUACAGAGUCACAGUUAGCUGUAGACAGCUCUGAGGAAAUUCCUGGAACACACAAUGAUUUCUCAGAAUUUGUUAGUUCUGCUACUAAAGAUAUCACUGCGGAAGACCCUAUUGAAAGCAAGGACGACUUUGAUGAAUUUGUAACCUUUUCACAGCCUCCAGAAAGUCAAGUUUUCACUGAAAAUCUCUCCAGUCUGGAUAUACUCUCAGAUUUUAAACCCUUCAGCAAGUCAGAAAGUCUUCCAGCUGUCUCUGAAGCUAAAAUCAAUGCGGAAACCAAUGUAAAUUCUUCACAUCUGUUUGAAGUGGAGAAGGCAUCUGAUGAAUCUAACAACAACCACCACCACCUAUCAUCUGGGCAGCCACCUUUUUCACUGCUGGAGUCUGUUGAUGACACAAUCACUAGUUUACCCUCCAAUCCUUUCUUUGCCGUGGAUGUGCCGGACUCAAGCACCAACAGCGUGGCUACUAACUUACUUAGCCUGACUGGAGGCAUUUCAGAUUUGACCAGUGACCUAAACAGUUCAGUUGGCCUUGGUUCUGUCAAGCAGCCAGGCCCUGCUGUGGCAGAGGUGCUGGGAGAGUCUGAAGGCAUUGCAGCUUUCAACUCAGCCAGCAACAUUCCGGAGUCCUUGCAGCACAGAUCUUUAAGUGAUCAGUUUGAGCCUUUUGAUACAAAGAAAGAGGAAAGCAAACUAGAAGCCGGCUUAGAAAAGGUAGGUACCGGUUCUCCUUGUAGCCUUGCUUCCAGCUACGCCAAGUCGGUCAUCACAUUUGGUGGCAUCAGCACCGAUCUAAACCUCAGCAGUAUUCAUUCUAAAAUCUCAGCUCAGCCAGCUUCUAGCACAUGUUCAGAUGACUUUGGACAAGAAUGUCUAGUAGAUAAAUAUAAUUUUUCUCCACAGUCUCUGUUAGUCCCACCCAGUUCUAGCCACCGCAGAGAAGGAGCAGAAGAUGAUGGAUCCUGCCGUGUUCUUCUUGUUGAGUAUACCGAUGAUUCUCAUGAGAACUCGACCAGCCCUUUAGAUUCAGACACUGAGGGCAGCACCUGCAGCAGCUCCAGUAGAGAGUACCUCUGUACGGGGGUGUCCGACACGGGCCAGCCUCCGACGGGAGAGCUAGCUGCCCAAACAUCAGAAGAUCACCUGGACGAUAAGGCGUAUCAGCUCAUCAGUGAAAUCUACC